AACCUAGUAACUAAACCAGGCUAAAUAUUACACCUGGUGCUGAUUUACUAACAUUAAAAUAUAUUAGUCAAUUACAAUGGGCUCUUUGGAUGAUGCUGCCAAUGAUGCUAUCUUAGUUUUUGUUGAUAAUUCAACAUAUGACAAACUUUUGGAUCUCCGUAAUCAACAAGAAAGAAUAGCACAGUUUAGCAGGAAAUUUGCUGACAGAGGUUUCAGAAUUUACACCCUAAAUAAUCUGGAUUCUUUAACUAUUCAAACCAGAAUUGAAGAGAUAGAUACAAGCAGAGUCAAAAGAUUAGUCAUCUAUAUGCGAUGUUACACAGUUUGUAAUGAACUUUGUCUGUCUAACUUUGACCCAAAUGCUGGAAGGAAUCAACCAGGUCAAAUCGCACUUGAUCGUAUAUUAAGCUUUUUCCCCAAUCUAUCUCUGAACACUUCAAUUUUAUGUAUUUUGGAAGUUUAUACAACAAUUUUGCAAGGUCAACCACUUGUGGAUAUUCGUAAUCCAAUUGUUGUUAAUCCCUUUCAUAAUGUCCAUUUAAAUGGAGAUGGAAAUUAUUCAGACCCAACAAGGGAAAAUCUCUUUUGGAUUAAAUGCCUUAUUUCUGGAGGGCAAGUUGAUGAACCAAUCCUUGAAGCUUUUGCAACCAACCAACAUUUUCCAAUGAACCAGUACUUGGAUAUUGAUCUAAGGAAUUUAAAGACUGAAAUUUAUAGAAGAAAUAGUUCAGCUUGUAUUAUAAUCUGUGAUAAACUUGACGGAAAUUUCCCCAUUCAUAUCUAAUCUACUAAUCCUUUAAUCUUGUUUGUUUUUUUUUAUCAACUUAUACAAGUCAUUUCUCUUUCAAAUAAAACACUCAUAUCUUGUUUUAAUUAUAGCUAAACAGAACGUUAUAUACUAACGUUCCGUUCACAUUAGAUGAUAUGAGUGAAUGUGUGUUAGUGUGUGAGCGUCAGUGUCUGAUAACGACGUGGCAUGAACGUGGCAUGAAUGUGGCAAUACAGAUGAGCACAGUCAAACACCCAAUUAAGUGACACUAACAAAGUAUAAAAGGGAGUGAAUGUAAUAGAACGGUGUGAGAGACCAAAAGAAUAUCAAAUAAAAUUUAUACGAAAUCCUUAGGAAUUUCGUGCUAUAAGCGAAAAACAAAAUCUUAUAAA